UACACCAUUCACCGUCGCUAUUGAGAGCCUCACUCGCUUCUUAAACCAAGAGUCUUGAACCAGCGAGAGGAUAUAUAUCGAAACAGCCGCGUUGAACGCCCAUCACCAUGGCGCAGCCCACCGCUGCGUACCCGGAUAAUUCUUCGAGCAUGAAGACUAGAACCGUGGAACAACCAACCCGCCGCCGCUCCGUCUUCAUGGAAGUCGGCCUCGUCGAUGAAAAGGCUUUCGCCGCCGAACGCAAGCCCCAUACCCCGAUCCUCAUAGCGAACCCAUCGCCAAAACGCUCGCGCCCGGCGCUGAAAGUACGGUUUCGCAGCCAAGCCGAUAUCUUCGACCACAGCAAGAGCGAGGACGUGGAAACAGACGCCGGAUCUGAAGCAGAGGCGGAAGUGGAAGACGACGGCUCGCUGGCGGCGAUGACGCUGAGCACGGUCCCAGAAGCGGGAAGGACGUAUUCCCGGCUUUAUCGACUGGGCAUUUUCGCGUUUGCGCUGGCUGUGUUGUUGCCAUUGUUGCAGGGAAACUCUGUUAUGGGGGCUAGUGAGAGGACGUUGUUUGGGGCAAGGGGAGGCGUCAUUCCGAGGCAUGAUAGCGAGAUUGUGGUGGAGGAUGGAUUAGUGAAAAGGGAGGAUACUCUCACCACAAUUUGCAAGAGGUGGAGCCAUCAAAGCGCUAUCGUUAAUGGGACGCUCUACAUAUACGGUGGCCGGGUAACUACCGAUUCUCAGCAAAACAGUGAUACUUGGACGAACGAUUUCCUAACCCUCGAUCUAACUAAAUCAUGGCAAAUCGGCUCUCCUUCCCUUACAGGUCUUCCUCAACCCUCCGGGCCGCCAGCUGUUGCAAACGGCUACCUCUGGAACUCUCUCAGUUCACUCUUCCUCUACGGCGGCGAGUUCUCCGACACCCCCGUCGAAACCCCGACUGCUGCCUUCUCGACGUGGGAAUACGAUAUCCCCUCAUCCACCUGGAAGGAACACGCCAGCCCCAAGACCUCUGGCGGUAAAAACGCGGAAGGGGAUGGUCAAGCUAUCCAGCGUGCGGCUGAAGGCGCUGGAUUUGGUGUCUCAGCUCUAGGGAGAGGAUGGUACUUCGGUGGACACCUGGAUUACCUUACUACCGAAGGCUGGAGUAUCGACACCGCGCGGGUAUACUUGAAGAGCUUGGUUGAGUUCACCUUCCCUGGAUAUUCGAAUGAUGCGGUCACGAGUCUUGAAAAUGGCAAGACGGCAGGGGAUGACGGAGUGUAUCGAAAUAUCACAGAAGGUGGAUUGCAAGAUGAUGCCGGUUUCACUGAGAGAGCCGAUGGGUUGUUGGUCUAUAUCCCCGGCUUCGGAGCUGAGGGUAUCUUGCUCGGACUUGCUGGGGGUACGAACGCGACUUUUACCCAGAUGAACGUCAUUGAUGUUUAUGAUAUCGCCAAUUCGACAUGGUACAAGCAACCUACGAGCGGGAAGACACCGGAGUAUAGGGUUAAUCCCUGUGCUGUAGUUGCAGCUGCUGCUGAUGGCUCAUCCUACAACAUCCACAUGUUCGGCGGCCAAAACCUCGUCCCGUACAAAGAACAAGUCCAAUACAACGACACGUGGAUCCUCUCUAUCCCCUCCUUCACCUGGAUUUCGGUCGACACCUCCAGCCAAGCCGUCCCCUACUCCCGUGCGGGCCACACCUGCAACGUCUGGGACGGCCAAAUGAUCGUCGUCGGCGGCUACGUCGGACAGGAUCUCUCCUGCGACUCCCCCGGCAUCUACGUCCUCAACAUGUCCUCUCUCGAAUGGGGGACCCAGUUCACUGCCCUUACAGGCGACGCUGCCACGAAAGCCUGGUCUGGCGGCGGAAACGGCGAGGGUUCUAACCCCCUUUCCCAGCAGGGCAACCAGCGCGGCUUCAACGCCUCCUCUGGCCUGGAAGGGUCCUACGGCUACCAGGUCCCCGCGGUCGUGCAGUCCAUCAUCGGCGGCAACGCAACUGGUGGUGCUACGCUCACCGCGCCCGUCCAGACUCCCACUGCCGGCCCCUUGGCCACCGGGAAACCAAUCACCUACACCAUCACAGGCCCCAGCGGGGCGACCGUGACGACGACUGCUCCACCCUCUGCCGCUGCGGCGCCACCAGGAAAGAGUGGCCCGAAUAUUGGCGCCAUCGUCGCCGGGGUCAUCGCGGGCGUCUUCGCGAUCAUUGCGGCGUAUUUCGCAUUCUGCGCGUGGGUGUACCGCAAGCGGGUCAUUCUGUGGAAGGAGCACGCGCAGAUGGCGCAGCGGCAGAACGAGAAAAACGACACCGUUGCCGCGGGCACAGCGCUCAUCCCGCCCAGCAGCUCAGGAGCUGGGGGAAAGCGGAGCGGGAAUGGGAGCGCGAAGGUUAGUAGUGAGAGGCCGCCGGGGAGUUUUGCGGGAAGUGGGGUUGCUACUGGGAGUAGUGGGGUGGCGACGGGGAGUUCGGGGGUGGAUGGGAUUGGGCCUGCUGGAGCUGGAGCUGGAGGCAGUUCGGGGAGGAGGAGUAGCGCGGAGAGUAGCACGGAGGAUCUGCUUAUGGGGCAGGAGCCGACGUUUUGGGGGACGAGGGGUGUGUUGCUGAAUCCGAGGAGGAGUUUGAGGGUUAUUAAUCGGGAUUAGGGGAACAGUUUAUAUUUUAGGAUUUCCCCGGGUAUUUGGUAUUCUGAUCGUUAUAGCGAUUUAUGAGUAAUGAAAUUUCUGAAGUCAAUUGGAAGGAUUGGUGGGAUUGGUGGGAUGUGAUGGUGUUUUGAUAUUGAUUCAAAGGUGUGGAUGAUGUGUGAAUUUUAAUGAUCUCUAUUCGGACAAAGUUUGAUAGUCAUGACCUUUGAACCGGUAGGAUACCUUCAGAG